AUGGCCGAGUCGUCCUUCAAGCAGAAGACGAUGAAGAGGAAGAACGUCAAGGGUCUCGCCCUCAGCGCUCCUGCCCCCAAACCCGCACCUUCCGCCGGGGACGCCCAAAUACCCGGCGCUCGAGCCAACGACGAAAAGCAGGAUACCCUGGAGAUUGGUGUUGAGUUCCAGCUGGACCUAAAGGCCGAGGACCUGAUAGUGCUGCGCGAAUUGGGUCACGGAAAUGGAGGAACAGUCAGCAAGGUGCAGCAUGCUGCUACCAAGGUCAUCAUGGCGCGGAAGGUUAUCCACGUCGAGGCCAAGAACGAAGUCCGGAAACGAAUCGUGCGAGAACUCCGAAUCAUGCACGACUGCAACUCACCCUACAUUGUCGACUUCUAUGGCGCCUUCCAAAAUCCUUCCGGCGAUGUCAUCAUGUGCAUGGAGUACAUGGACGUGGGGUCGCUUGACUGGGUCUCACGAUCAUUCGGACCCGUCCGCGUCGACGUUCUCGGAAAGAUUUCAGAAGCCGUGCUCGGCGGCCUCGCCUACCUUUACAGCGCCCACCGUAUCAUGCAUCGCGACCUCAAACCCUCAAACAUCCUCGUCAACUCAAAAGGAAACAUCAAGCUGUGUGACUUUGGUGUCUCAAGUGAACUCGAGGGGUCUAUUGCCGAGACUUUCGUAGGAACAGGCACAUACAUGGCACCGGAGCGGAUACAAGGUUCUCCCUACACCGUCAAGUCGGAUGUAUGGAGUGUUGGUCUGACGCUCAUGGAACUGGCCAUUGGCAAGUUCCCAUUCUCCGGAAGCGCGGAUGAUGACGAAGCUGGAGGUCCUCAAGGUAUUCUGGAUCUCUUGCAGCAAAUUGUGUUGGAACCUUCACCCAAGCUACCAAAGAGCGACGCCUUCCCAUCCAUUCUGGAGGACAUGAUUGCGAAGUGUUUGAUGAAGGAUCCAGCGGAGCGACCAACUCCCAAGGAGCUAUACGACCACGAUGCCUUCCUCCAAGCCGCAAAGCGCACUCCGGUCAACCUCGAAGCAUGGGCCAUAUCCAUGAUCGAGCACAACAAGCGCAAAUCCCAUCUCGCCCCAACCGCUCCCGCAGCGGACAUCAAAGAGAAGCUCCGCGAGCGAUCCCCUCCCCACAAGCGUGAAUCCAGCGACCCCAGGCAAAGAGUUGCCAAUGGUGACCCCGAACCAGCACCACGACGACCUUCAUACCCCACACGGACAUCGAGCAGUUCCAAUGUCAUGAACCUACCUAUGCGACCAGCGCCAUCUGUAGACGGUCCGGGUAGCAGACCGGGUAGUCGGGGUCCAUCAGCCAACGGCUUACCACCUCAGCCGAGGAGGUGGAACAGCGAAGUACAAUAG